CUAAUUUCCAAGUCCAAAGAAAUCCGUUCUUGGCUUGGACCUCUAGAUUAAGUUCCUUCAGUGACAAUUUUAUUUACUAGAGUAUUUUGUUUCAGUUCACAAUGAGGAUGGUGGUGAAGAUAUUCCGGAAGAAGAAGCUGUUUGUCGAAUUUGUAUGGUUGAACUUGGAGAAGGUGCUGAUACUUUUAAAUUGGAGUGUAGCUGCAAAGGUGAGCUUUCAUUGGCACAUAAAGAAUGUGCAGUCAAAUGGUUUACCAUUAAAGGUAAUAGAACAUGUGAUGUGUGCAAGCAAGAGGUUCAGAACCUACCUGUCACUCUUUUACGAGUUCAAAAUGGUCAGACCCAUAACAUACUGGGGUCAGACGCUUCUCAUUACAGGGUUUGGCAGGAUGCUCCCGUUCUUGUUGUUAUCAACAUGCUGGCUUACUUUUGUUUUCUUGAGCAGCUUCUUGUGUCUAAUAUGGGAUCCGGUUCUAUUGCCAUGUCUCUCCCAUUUUCAUGUAUAUUGGGUCUUCUUGCGAGCAUGACAGCAACAACAAUGGUGAGGAGAAAUCAUGUUUGGAUUUAUGCAACUGUUCAGUUUUGUCUGGUGGUUCUUUCUGGGCAUCUUUUCUUUUCAUUGAUUCAUAUGCAAGCUGUUCUUGCUAUCCUACUAGCUACACUUACUGGGUUUGGAGUUGUAAUGUGUGGAGCUUCUAUUCUUAUGGAGAUUUUAAAGUGGAGGAGGAGAUCCCUUGCUCAGUCAAAUCAACAGCAAGGUUCCCAAGAUGCGGUGCCACCAGAUCAAUCAUCUACAGUUGCACAUCAACCUCAGACUGGUUCUGAACAAAUUGAAAGCAAUUUAGGAGAGUCUUCUCAACAGAGGAGUUGACAGAAUAUUGGCUUAAACAUAUUUGGGUCUCUAAAAUAUGACCUUUUUCUAUUUUAAUGUCCAUUUAAAUUUUAAUUAUUUUUGGUCCCUACAUUUAAUACGAGUAAUACGUUUUUACUCCCUUACAAGCUCCAUCAAGUAUAAAAAGCACAUUUAAAAAAAAAAAAAAUCAAUGAAACAGUUUUUACUUUUGGAACAACAGAGGUUGUAUUUUCAGGACCAAAAAUAUGUUUAAGCUAUUCGCUGAAAGCUGACCAGGCAUCAUAAAGGUAUCGGGUUGUAUAUAAUGUGCAUAUUGUAUAGACAAGUUUGGGCACACUGAACUCUUGUUUUCCUUUCUGAUGCCAUGAUACAUACAGGAUAGACAUGGAUCAUGUAUGGCAUGAUUGGCAUCCAUUGUUCCAUCUCUCAUAAAACCAUAACAAUACUUGUGCGAGAAUUGCUUGAUGCAAAGUUGAAGAAUGGUUGAUUUUAUGCUACAAUAAUGGUUGAAGUUUUACAUUCCAAUUUUUGGCCAUAUAUACAGUAUAUGAUUUAGACUUCCCAUAGAACCCAGAAAGUGGCAAAAAUACACUGAAUUCGUUGCCAUUCUUUUACUGCAAUGUGGUUGUAAAUUUGACAUAGACAAGAGCGAAAAGACAAACCAAAUGUAGGUAAAUUAUCAUUUUGGCUCUUAAAAGUGAGAAAACCAAUGAUGACUUAGUCUUUGAAAGAACAAAAACUUUAAUAUAAU